AUGGUAGCGCGCAUAACCCCCGGCCGACUCCUCCUAACCUUGGUGGGCGCCGCUCUGCCGCCUGGGGCCUUUGUCGCAGACUACAACGAAACUCACCUGUUCAACCCGCGCUGGCCACCGCACGCCAAAUUCCACAACGGCCAGACCAUGUCGAUGGGCGUGUGCCUGGGCCUCGCGUGCCUGUACUAUACAUGGCGCGACAGCACGAUCGACUCCGCCGUGACCGCAACGAUCUUUGGCAGCGUGUACUAUGUGACUGGGCUAGCGGCGUGGUUUUAUCCGGAGACAUUGGCGGUGGAUCCGGAGUUUGGCGAGGGGUUUCCUCAGUUGAAGAUCUUUGCGACGGCGUUGGUGCUGGCUUGGGCGGGUUGUGCGUUGGAGGUGAGGAGGGUUGGCAGGGAGAGGAAGGCGGUGAGUGGCAAGGUGAAAUAA